AAAAAAGGAAAAAUUAAAAAAAAAAAAAAAAAGAAAAAAAAAACAUUCUAUCGGUAAAAAAAGAAAAUUAGAUGCAGUGUAGAAUAGUUUAAAGGAGAAAAGGGAUAAUAAAGGAAAAGGAAGAGAUCCGGUGGUGUCCCCUAAAGGAAUAAAGAUAUAGAUCGGAAUUACUCCAGAAACGAUUGCUACUUCUUCCGAGUAAGAGAGGGAGACGAAAGAGAAAGAGAUUCCGAGAGUUUCACGCCGAACGUUCGAUCGUUUACUUGCUCGUUCGUUCACUUGUUCGUUCAUUCGUACGUUCGUUCAUUCGUACAUUCGUUCUCCUUUUGCUUUCUUUUGACAUCGUCAGCAAGACUCUUCUCGUUUCGUUUCGUUUCGUCUUUUCGUCUCUUCGUUCGUAAACGAGAGGAUCGUUCGGUUCGAUCUUACAUAGAAAUAGUAGACAGAGAAGGACUUUUACGUCGCGUGGGAGUCGAAUACUCGCGGGCGCGAACGCGCGCGCGCGAUCAUCCAACCAACCAACCAACCAACCAACUAACCAACCAACCAACCAACCAGCCAGCCAGCCAGCUAGCUCACCACCAGCUAGCUUGCUAAGCUCACGUAAAUCGACCUGAUAUCGAGAUUUUCAGCGAACGUUUUAACCGUUUUAGAAAGGAGAACGAGUAAUAUCGUAGGGAGGUGUUUUACGAGCGUUUCGUGGAAUCUCCAAAGCAAACGUAGAAAGUGAGAGAAAGAAAAAGAGAGAGAGAGAGAAAGAGAGAGAGAAAUAAAGAAGGAAAAAGUGAAAGAAGACGUAGAGAAACGGACAGGAGAAGAGAGAGGAAAAAAAUACUAGAAAAAUAAAAAGGGAAGGUUUGCUUUCGAAGAAACGUUCAAUAAGUUGUUAAAACAAAUUCCUCCUUUCGGAAAAGAACAUCGACAAAUCAUCAUCAUCAUCAUCAUCAUAUAAUCGUCAUCGUUGUUAUCGUCGUCGUCGUCUACGACUCUGUUGGAGAACCCGUUGAUAAAAUAACCGCGCGAAAUAGCGGCGUGUCUUUUUAAUCGGUAGAGAUCGCUAAGUGUUAACAGUACACGAAUGCCAGGUGUUCGAAACUUCGAUGAAACAAGGUGUAAUCGGUGCUCCUCCUCUCUUUCUCUCUUUCUCUCACUCUCUCUUGCUCUAUCUUUGGUUCCGUUGACUCGACGAAGCCGAUAGCUACGGAGGAAAUGGGUCGAGAGGUUUCCGUCAGGCAAGAGUGUCAUUGAGUGCUUUGAAAAACAGAGACGAAGGUAUUUAACGAGUUUCGUAAGAAUAAGAAGAAAACUGAAGAAAGGGGGAAAUUAAUACGAAAGCUAAAUCACGAAUAUCAAUUGAAUUAUUCGAUUUCGUUUGACCACAAGAGUUUUUCGGUUCGAUCUUGGUCAGUGUACACGCGCGCGCGCUUUUUGAAAAUAAAUAAAAAGAAAAAGAAAAAAACUUUCUGUUCGCUAAGAAGAUCUCGAAAGGAUUACGAAAGAAAGACUCGGAAGAAAUAGUCGAGUGAGGAACGGUGACAAAUUGGAGACAAAAAUGAUAGACGAAAGUUUAAUCUACGUGGUGGAUGAUGUGCGGCACUCGAUCCAUUUGACGAAGGAAAUACAGGCGCUAAGUACGACUCGUUGAAAGUUCUCCCUGUUUGUUUGUUUGCUUUAUUUUUCCUCCUCCUGCUGAUACUUUUCCUAUUUCUCUUCCUUAUCCUCGUUCAUCUAUUCUAAAAAUUCCGGCGCGUCGUUGAUACACGUCUUUUUGGUACACGUUGUAAAUUUCAAGUGAACUUAUUCCUAGCCGAUGCAAAAGGCGUUCGUUAUUCUAUUCCACGAGGAGUAAACAAUUGCACGCUGGUUAACGACGUUGGAUAUCAUCGAUUGAUAAAGAUGAUAGUGCACGGCGGGCUACUGGUGAUCCUGAAAUUGGUACUGAUCCUUGCUGCAUCGACUAUUCCAGGAACGUGGAUAAAUAUGGGCAUGCAGCAUUUUCCACAAUUGGAGACGGCUCAGCUGAUGGAAACUUACGAUGUAGAAGCCUCGACGAUUUGCAUCGGUCUGAAGGGUCUCUCACAGGGACAGGGGAAGCUUUGCCAAUUAUCCGUGGAUCAUAUGCCGAGCGUGGCGAAGGGCGCCAAAUUCGGAGUCCUCGAGUGCCAGCAUCAGUUUCAAGAUAGAAGGUGGAACUGUUCCACCGUCAAUGAUGAAACUGUUUUCGGGCCGAUCCUUAAAAUAGCAAGCAGAGAAACUGCGUUUGUACAUGCUAUCACAGCAGCGGGGGUAGUUUAUUCCAUUAGUCGAGCUUGCAGGGAUGGACAAUUAUCAUCUUGCGGUUGUUCGAGAAGUAGCAGACCGAGAGAUCUAAAUCGCGAAUGGAUUUGGGGUGGUUGUGGGGAUAAUCUCGAAUAUGGAUAUAAAUUCACCCAAUCAUUCGUGGACGUAAGAGAACGCGAGCGUAGCUUUAAACGAGGUAGUAGAGAACAAGGAAGAAGCCUAAUGAACUUGCAUAACAACGAAGCAGGACGUAGGGCUGUUAUAAAAAGAUCUAAAGUAACAUGCAAAUGUCACGGGGUUUCUGGUAGUUGCAGCUUGAUCACCUGUUGGCAACAACUUGCAUCGUUUCGAGAAAUUGGUGAUCUUUUAUUGGACAAAUACGAUGGUGCAACCGAAGUUCGAGUAAACAGACGUGGCCGAUUAUCCAUGCGAGAUCCAAGAUUUUCUUUGCCUACGGCCAAUGAUUUAGUUUAUUUGGAUGACUCGCCAAAUUAUUGCCUUCCAAAUGAUACUCUUGGCUCUUUAGGUACGCACGGACGAAUUUGCAACAGAACAUCAUCCGGUAUGGAUGGUUGUAAUCUACUCUGUUGUGGAAGGGGCUACAAUACUCAGAAAUCAACAAUCAGGGAAAGAUGCGAUUGUAAAUUUCAUUGGUGUUGCUUCGUUGAAUGUAAAACAUGUGUGAAAAACAUUGAUAUUCAUACUUGCAAAUAAAUUCGCGUGUGUCAUCAUUACAUACGAAAAAUAUACUUUAACAGUUAAUACUACUUGGAAUCCAAGUUUUCUACCAUGAAGGUAUCGAAUAGCGAACAAAUUUAUGCAGUAUGUAGAGUGUUCGGUUAAACGUGAUCAUUUACAUGCAUACAUACAUACAUACCAUCCAUUUGCAUUAACAAAAUUUUUUUAUCGUUAUAAUUUUGUCGCUAUUGAACGACUUAAGAUUGUUACGUUGAUCAUGGAUAUUUUGGAAGACGAUUGAUCACGAAUUAAAUUGAACACCCUACAUAAUUUGGUAGUGUAAUUAGCACUAUAUCAACGACGAUGUAUAUUUUGAUAAAAAAUCUUAGGAUAAUCGUACAAAUUGUAGAUUUAUAUUAGAAAUUGAUAUAUGUAUGUAAUCA